AGGUACUUUAGAUUUUGCAGAUGGCAUUCGGUCGAUUUCUGCUUCAAGUGGAUCGAACGUCAUCGAACGUCAUGUAAAUACUAUCAGCUGGGUCUUUUUCCUAGCAGCAGCAGCUCACUCGCUAGCUUGGAUUCCUGGGAGAGGAGUUGUUUACAUUCAGACGUGUCCAGGGCAGGGGCCUUAACGAACGUCUUUCUCACUAAAAAGAAGCCAUAGACAAUCGUCUCCCAAAUGUUGACAGAAAACAGGAAGCGGCGGCGUGGUGGAGACAAUGAGGGGGACCAGCUGAACCCCCAGGCCAAAAGGUCAGGAGGUGGGCAGGAGGGUCACGUCAUGGUGUCCAAGCUGGGCCAAGAAGUUUGGGACUCUGAGUCGUCCAGCAGUGACAGCAGUAGUGGUAUCAGUAGUCCUGAGAGGGCAACGGGAGGAGGUAGCACAUACACAAAGAACCGCACAUCCCAGGGUCUCCUCAGACCCUUGCCAGAAGACCCUUCCAUUUCCUCGUUGAGUCUUUAUGGCAACGACACCCCCUAUGACCACAUCAACAGUGUCCUGAGGGAGGCCCACUUCAGCAGUCUGCAAACCAGAGGUCAACCAGGAUCUACGUGACAUCACCCCACCCCAGACCAUUGUUACCCCACUGGAACAAGCCCCUGGGUAGGAUCCAGGAAGAAGUUGCCCAUAGGCUCGAAUCUAGAAUAAACUAACCCCAGAUUUGUGUCCAGGAGCAACUUCAUCCUACCUGGAUUCAGGAUGUGGCAAAAUAUCCUUUGGGCUCUGGACCCAAUCCAUACCAUUGUCCCUGUGCUGUACACCUUGAAAUGUGCCAUACAUAAAGCACACCUACAUAUCCAAUGGCCCACCCACUGUGGUACUACUAUAUGCAGUAUGUAUGUACUCCAGCACUUUACUGAGGGGUCUACUGUUCUGUGGUGGUCUCCUUACAUGAGUGAGUUGUUGGACAUUAUCAUUGCCACUGGUGCUAUCUACUACAGACAGACAUAUGAGUGUCUAAGUGCUUGCUGUAGCCUAAUUAAUAAAGUGAAGCACUUUA